AUGGCUCAACCAUGUUUCCAUUGUACGCCCAAACUGACGACUACUAGCUUUCUGGGAGAUGAACUGUUACAUCGCAGAAGGGAAUCACAGGUGAGACGAUCGAAAUCGGAAGAAAAAUCAAAUGAAUAAUUUUUCAGCUACAUCUUCAUGUGAACGAAUGGCUCAUCGAGCCUGCCAGAGAACGCCGAAGUGGACGGCGACAAGUUUGGGAACGAUGGGUUUCGGGAGGAUCCUAGAAGGCAACCAUAGGUUCGAUCAUCAAGAAAGAAAUUGAGUUGAACUAACCUUUUCAGAUACAUUACCUGCGGCUUCUUCUAAUUGGUUUCCCAUAUGGAAAUGGCCCGGCAAGCUGGGCUAACUGGCAAAUUUGAGGUUUAACUAUUCUUUCAUUCAGAAAGUUUGAUUUAAAUUUGCAGAUGACACGAAAUGGCUCAUCGAGCCUGCCAGAGAACGCCGAAGUGGACGGCGACAAGUUUGGGAACGAUGGGUUUCGAUGGGAUCCUAGAACCAAAUGAAAGGUUCGAUCAUCAAAAAAGAAAUUUAGUUGAACUAACCUUUUCAGAUACAUUACCUACGGCUUCUUCUAGUUGGUUUUCCAUAUGGAAAUGGCCCGGCAAGCUGGGCUGACUGGCAAAUUUGAGGUUUAACUAUUCUUUCAUUCAGAAAGUUUAAUUCAAAUUUGCAGAUGACGUUUAGUGGCUCAAUCAUGUUUCCAUUGUACGCCCAAACUGACGACUACUAGCUUUCUGGGAAAUGAACUCUUACAUCGUAGAAGGGAAUCACAGGUGAGAUAAUCGAAAUCGGAAAAAAAUCAAAUGAAUAAUUUUCAGCCACAUCUUCAUGUGAACGAAUGGCUCAUCGAGCCUGCCAGAGAACGCCGAAGUGGACGGCGACAAGUUUGGGAACGAUGGGUUUCGGCAGUCGGCGACAUGUCAACUCUAUCGAACUUCUCGUUUUCUUCUGUCGAAGAAAUAGAAAAGGUAAGAAAUUUCAGGAAGUUUCGAAAAUUGUAAUGAACGUUUUUUUCAGACUUUAACAAGAGAAGAUCGCCUCCGUUUUUUGACAAAGCCAGUGAGGAUCUUUCAGCAUGGAAAAAUAUGAGGUAAGAUCUUUAGAAUCUUUCAAGAAAGAGACAAUACUGAAUUUGAGCCAUUUUUUUCAUUCUUGUUUCCAUACUUUAAUUUUUUUGCAAUGUUUUUCCCGAUUUUCGUUCAAAGCAAAUUUUUUUGGAUCACGACCACCUGACUUUUUUUGUUUUUUUGCAUCGAAUGGAACGUUUUUUUUUUCAGAGAGGCCUGGAAGAGCGCCCGGAAGAGAAUCGACGGUCAAGCAGCAGUUUUCCAGCAGGAAUUGAGAAGAAGACACUUGUUCUGGAUGUGAAAGGAAACCAUUUUCAAUAAUAAAUAAUCUUUUUUUCGGUUUUUGACAAUUUUUUUAAUUUUUUUGACAAUCAGCCAUAUAAACUUCCCGUUUUCUUGUACCACUGUUUUUUUUUCUCACUGCCCCGAAUUUUCAAUUUUUUUUUUUUGAUCAAGCCAUUUCAAUCCCGAUGAUGAGACUUCUCACCUUAUCCUUCAGUUUGUAACUUUUUACAACCGAUUGAUCAUUCUUCAUCUCAAAAUGAGCACCGAGGUAAAAUUUAUGAUGUCAAACUGUUUUUCUGAUGUAAACAUGAUAAUAAAAUUUGAAAAUAAAUGUGAAUAGUUUGUAUAUUUUUGAGUAAGAAUUCGCAUUUGGGCAUUUAAUGAAAAAAAGUGUGAUAAAUUGGUUGGAUACGAGAAGUCUUUGAAAUGCGAUUCAACUGGGGUCGGUAAAGAAAAAAUGUUCUCAGUAGAAAAAAAAAUCUGAUUAAAGACUUUACAAGAGCUUGCACUAUAGAAAAAAGCUUAACUGCCGCAAUCAUUUAUCGGUAAACUUAAAUUGAAGAUAGCUUUUUUUUCCGAAGCCUAGUGGUGAUAGCCUAACUUUCCGAAAUGAAUAAUCUUCUCUAGUUUUUUUAUUGUAUGCCCUAUUCGUAACGUUCAUAUUUUGCUUCUUACGUGUUUCUCCUGAUAUGACGUCAUAUUCCCUCAAGCCAACGUACAUCAGGUACAGCCACGCCUCCUUUUCGAAAUCCAUAUACGGAAGGUCCGCCUCCUGACCCAAGAGGGGCGGAGCUUUCCGGUCACUAUAAAAGCCGCCCUCCGGUACAAAAUCCUCAUUUUUUGAUCUUUUUUCCCUUUAUCACUCUUUUCUGCUUGAUCCACCCCUCUCUUCUCAUUUUUUUCAUUUUCACUUUUCAUUGUAACGAUUUUCGAAAACAUUUUCUUAAACUUUACAUCUGAAUUCACUUCUUUCUCUUUGAACAUCGGAUAUGGAUCAUAUCCAAAUAUCUCAAAAUCUUGUUUUCAAACCCUCUUUUCCAUGCAUCGGUAGUGAUAGAUUCUUUUGCAAUCUGAAAAAAGCAAAAUGCCUUUUCGCAAAGGAAGUGUUCCUAGUUAGACACUUUGUUCAAUAUAACCAGAACAUGUUUUGGAAAUCCUUGCUCUGCUUGAGAUUUUACUUGAAUCAUACCAUUUCAGAAAUGCCUUCUUCACCUCCAAGGGCUCCCGGAAACGGAACUCAGCCCCAACAGCUCCAAAAUCAACCUCCAAACUUUCCCCAGCCCCCGGUACGCUUUUUACAAUUCUGCUUUUUACUUUUUAAAAAGAUAAUUUUACUCAAUAAAAUGAAUAUAAUGAAUUAUUAGAAUGAUAUUUAAAGGAAAAACCCGACUCCGAGAAACGAUGCUCAAGAAAUCCCCAACGAAGCAGAUUGGCAUCAAGCUCUCCAAAGACGGUUGGAUGAGAAUAUACAUGCCAGGGUAUGUUUUUUUUUCAUUAUAAACUUUACUAAUGAAAAACAAAAAAUGAAAAAAAGGGAACCCGAGUUUUUUUAGGUCCUCGAACAACCGAGCAGAAGCCCUCGUCCGCGACGUCCGCCAGUGACCCACAACUUUCCAGCUCCCGUUCACCGAGACAUGGUUAGUUUUUUUCGCACUCGAAAAAAUAUUGUUUGACUUUUGACAUUGAUAUAAAUCACAUUUCUCAAAGCAAAAAAAUGAUCAAAGCUUCUGGUUUUUAACUUUUUCGGAAAAAAUAUAUGAAAGACAUGAAUAAGCUGAUAAACUGAUAAUUUUUUUGUUCAGAGAGCCGUGCGAUGGUUUGCGGAUAAGCGCAACGUAGCCCCAAAGGAGCACCGCGAUCGGCGAUCGAGAAAAGGAGGAAGGUGA